AUGGCCUCAGCGGCGCUCAAAAGUCCCGGCUUCUUGAUGGGCCUCUUCAACCUGUCCGCAAUCGGCGCCUCGACAUUCUACCUCCGCAGCCACAUUGUGUACAAUCUCGAGGAACAAGAAGCACGUUUGGACGAGAUUGAAGGGACUCUUCGCGGGCACAUCGGGCUGAUCGAAGAAUCGCUGGAUCGGCUGGAGGGCAAAGGAGGCGAGAGGGGGCAGAAGAUGCAAGUUGAAGGGAUGGAAGCGGUGGGUGUCGCGCACUUGAGCUGAUGAUUUUGUGUGGACAGGAAGGAACUCUACGAGGCGAGAGGGCGGGAUGAGAAGAAGAAGAAGUAG